UUGUGCUUUAUAUCACGUGCUUUGUUUCGGUCAAGUAGUGUGGACUCCUAGCCUACUGUCACAGUUGCUAAGUUUCGCCGGACUUCAUUUCAUCUGCUAAGCACUUUCGAAACGGUACACCACGGCAGGAGCACCUAGAAGCUUUUCAAAAACUUUGUGACUCUGAACUGUGAAGUUUGACUUGUGUGUUUCUGAGAGUGUAUUGAACAGCUUACUGAGGAUUUGAAAUUUACUGCCCAGUAUGCACACACUCCGCCUCGCCACCCUAUUGGCUGUCGGCACAGCAGCUGACUCCUACCUGGACGCCCUCGCCCAAUCACAGGGCUCGCUUCCACCGGGCGUCGUUUACGCUCCCGGCAGCGAUUCCUUCACAUCUCCUUCAGCGGCUAGUGGACCCGGCAGCGCCUAUCUGCCAAUCAGCGCUCAGCUAAGUCCCGCUCAUGCGCAGUUCAGCCUCAAGAACUAUGACGUCAGCUCCCUGAUUCCCAUUGGACUGACGAUUGCCACCGUUCUCAAGGUCAUUCUCAAGUUUCUCAUCUUCAAGAUGAUUGUCAAGUUCAUUGCGGUCAUCUGUUUGCUGCUGUUUCUGCCCAAGUUGGAGGAGAAACCAAUCACUACCACCAGUACUACUACACCUGCUGCUGAAGAAGGAAGACAUUUGAUAAUCGAAGCCAUCACCCGUGAACCAAAGGUCUGCCGUGACGGUGACUUAUCAUGCUAUAUGUGGCAAACAUUAUCAAGUGUUUCGUUGGAGUCGACCCGUCAAUCAUCAAAAUCCACAUUACCAUCAACACCUAAACAGAGAGGAAACAAAUCAACGCAUGGAGAGUGACAUUAACUAUUGAAAUUAUAAUUGUUAUGGGAACAGUUCUGAUCGAUAAUUCAUAUCAUGAUUACGCAAAUCAACAGAUAAUAUCUAAUUCAAUUAUCACAUUAUCUUAAUAGGCUGAAAAAAUGAAAGAAAUAUUCUCAAUAAGUCUUUUUCUCAAUUCUUGAGUGAGAUUUAUAUUGUUUCAACGAACCUCACAGAAUAUUUAACAUGUAGGCCUAGCCACAUUUUAAUGUAGGCUAUUCAAACUAGAAAAGACCACCCAUAGCUUUACAAUUACAAAACUACAGAAUAUUGUUAGAAAUUUUUGAAAAUCAUGGUAGGCUACACUUUUUUUAAGUUUCCUGCUUUAAGCUUCAUU